ACAAAUUUCUGAAGAUUCUCAACAUAAUAAUAAAAUUUCGGAUAAUAAUAAACUUCCAAGAUGGAUACGUUGCAUAAGUUGUUUAGGGGAUAUUUCUAGAUAUCGUUGGACAUAUUGCUUAGAAGAUCAAGAAAAGGAUAAACAAUUCUGGUUUGAAAAUGCUUCACGAUGGUAUCAUUUAGGAAUUCAGCUCAAGUCUAAUAAUGGAAAACUUUAUCAUCAUUUAGCUAUCCUUGCGGGACAGGAUGAAUUUAAAAUGCUUUAUUACUAUUGCAGAAGUCUUAUGGUUAAUACUCCAUAUUUGGCCUCUCGUGAACAACUUAUUUGGCUAUUCGAAACAAAUCGACAGCGCUUUUCAACUCUCACUGCAAAUCAUAAUAAGCAGAAGCAAAAAAGUCGUGGUUAUUUGCAACGAGAAAAUUUACAACCUCAGAGUAAACAAUGUGAUAGUUUAACUAAUCAAUCAAUUGAGAGCUUGUAUAUCAGAUUGCAUGGAAUGCUUUUCACAAAGAUUGGACUUGAGUUUUUCGAACAAACCCUAGAAAUCUUUAUGAAUAAAUUAUUAUUGAAAAAUAAUCAAAUUCCAAAUGAUAUAAAUGGGACAAACUGGUCUGAAUUUUACAUGCAAAUGGCGAUUAUUAAUAUCUCAAGUUUAUACAAUUAUGGUAAUACCGAGAAUUCAUCACUCAGUUCAACAAUCAAAUCAUCUCUGGUGGAUGAUGUGGAUUCAAAGCGAACUUUAGAUUUAGAUCCAACCUUUGCUGAAGAAUCUAGACUCGCAUUUGGUAUUAUGUAUAAAUUCAUGUCUAAAUAUCUUGAUACGAUAUCAUUUGAGAGAGGAUUUGAUGUUUCUGAGGGCUGGCUAUUAUAUUGUGAAAUUAUGUUACUUUGGAUGGUAGCUAAUGAUGCUUUUAAUAGUUUGGAUGAUGGAACUAAUAACAGGAUUUGGAGAAAAUUUUUGGACAAAUCUAUUUAUCCUGAUUUUUGGAAAACAUUGACUCGGUUCCUUACAAAAAUUGCACAUCAAGUAUCUCCAUUUACUAUAAGUGAGAUUAUAGAAUUUUCAACAAACAGUAAAGAUUCAAAUAAUUUUGAACGUCUUCGCUCUCCACCAUUAACUGAAGAUUGGAAAUUACGUGGUGUUUCCUGGCUCCAGUCAUUAUAUGAACCCUAUAUGUUUGAACAUGUAUCUAAACCAUAUUUAGAGUUUGUGGAUGAUGAUAUUGAGGUUAUCAUAAAUAAUAUUCAUGAUAACCUCGAUUUGAAUUCAGAUCAAGAUGCUAAAACUCGCCGGAGAGCAAGGAUAAUGGAAUUAGGUUAUCUUUUAACUAAGAAAAUCAUUGGUUUAGAUUUUGAUAUUGAAGACAUCACUUUUAUGUCUUCUUUAGAAUUAGAUGAAAUUUCAGACAAGGAAAAUGAAUCCAUUUCAACAUCAAAAUUAAUAACCGAGGAGGAUGAAACUAAUCCUGUUAUAACGAAAUGUAUAGAUUUUGCCAAUAGUGAAUCAGAUGACGAAGGGAUUAUGGAAUUGAAAUCUCGCCGUCAGGAAUUAGAGAGUCUUUUAGCUGCAACUCGUGGAAGUUUUCGCAGCCCUUCGGCACAAAAACUUUCAUCAAAGAGUUCCAAGAAAAAUACUCCACAUACAGCAAAGAAGGAGAUACCUUCGCUUUCUAGAAUUGUUGCAGGAUAUACUACAGUUGUAAUUGAUACAAAUUGCCUUGUUGGAGAUCUCAACAUGGUCAAAAAGAUAAUCCAAAGUGAUAACUGGGUGGUUGUUGUACCUUUGGUUGUUAUUACAGAAUUGGAUGGGUUAAAACUCAAUCCACCUCCUCUUGGUACGGCAGCAUCCGAGGCAAUUGCCUAUCUUGAACGAGCUUUAUCAUCAUCUAACAGGAUGAAAAAACUUAAAGUUCAAACAAGUAAAGGCAAUUACGUGUCUGGAAUUAACUUUAGUGAAGAAUUUGACUUUGGUGAUGGUGAAGAUAAAAAGAAAAAUUUGGAUGAUCUAAUUCUUGGCAUUUGUUUAUGGCAUGCCAAGAAUCGUGGGGAUAUUGGUUUACAUAGUAAAUCAGAAAAAGAGGACAAUAACAAUGAAGUCGUUGUAUUACUUACAAAUGAUCGAAACCUUCGAGUUAAAGCUCGUGCAAGAGGUGUUGACGUUGUGAGCUUUCAAGAUUUUACUGAAUUAUUAUGA